UAAGAGAAACCUUUACUGAUUAUUUCCCCUUUUCGACCCGCCGUAUUUUGAUUUAAGACAACAAAUAACAUUGGAAAAUGUUCAAAUAGCGACAGUUAACAGUUACUAGACAUGACGGAAGAGAGUGACCAAGACAACUGGAUUCAAAGUACGUGUGAUGGUUCAUCGAGGGAUAAUAGACACCCUCAGAACAGGACGUGCAAAUGGACCAUUUUGGACCUACGAACAGUUGGUCUUUUUUACUACAAUGAAACUUCACCUGUCUUAAACUUAUUAGACUUGAUAACCAGUCAAACAAACAUGUUUAAAGAGUUAUCUUUUGAACAAAACCAAGUCGUCCAAAGUCUUCAGAGUAAUAUAACAUUUAAUUACUCUAUGGAUGACAUAACUUUUGGUGAUGACUGUCUGAGUGAAACCCAAGAAAAUCUGAACAUGAUCAAACAGGAGGAUGCUGUGCUUGCUGAAGACUUUCUAAGAAAUACAGUACUGAUGGUACAUUCUGCCAUGAGGCGAUCUCAACCAGACAAAGUAUCCAAAGGAGUGUUAAUGGAUUUGUUCAAGUCUUUUGUGAAGAUGUGUGGCUUGAUACCUAUGAGUGGUUCCGAAUGGAGUUCAAAACAAGACAUUCUCCAAUGUGAGGUAUCAUCAGAACCAGAUAUUAUACUGACUUCUGCAGACUCAUUAGAAUCUUUCACCUCUCCAUUAAAUCCAGUGUCUGUAGUGUCUAUUGUCCACAUUUUAGAGGAUGAAAACAUGUCUUCACAAUCAAAUGGCAAUGAUGUGAAAUUAAAAUAUCCAGAGAGAUCAAGACCAAAAAGAAGUAUAUCUUCAUGCUCUUUGUCAAGUGACGAAUCUGAGGAGGAACCUGUUAUAUAUGGAAGAAUAAGAGAGAAAGUACUAUGUCAGCAUGCUGGAGAUCUAGUGAUCCAUACACUCGAACAUAACAAAUGGAGAAAUAAAUUUGACUGUAAAACAAAAAAGUCAAAGUACCGACCUGGAAUUAUUGUUGUUGGAACACAGGUUACAUUUACUGUUUUGGAAUACAGUUUUGAUCAUCACAAACAAUUAAAUUCUGGAAAUGUUGAAGGAGAAAAAAGUUGUAUAUACUACUCAGAACCAAUGGACAUUCUAAAGAAAGAAGAUCGAGAUUUGUUGAUUGAAGCAUUAGUCAGAAUGACAAAUACUGUAGGUUGAUAAUAUUCUUCUGACAUUCAAAGAGAAACAAUGGGAACCAGAGCAGUUUUUGUUUCAUGGAGAUGAAUUACAUAAUAACAUACUGUAAAUUCAUAAAUUAAUGCGAGGUUUUUAUUAUUGCGAAAAAUGCGACUGAGUUGUAAACGCAAUAAUUUAAACUCGCAUUUUGAAAUAUUUUAUAUGAAUUUAACAAGAUUUUUGUCAAAAUUGAAAAAUUAAAAUCGCAUUUAAGUCUAAAAUGACAAAAUCGCAAUAAUAAAUGCACGCAAUAAUUUCUGAAUUUACAGUAACUGUUUUUUGCCAAUGCAUUUCUACUUCAUUGUUUGAGAAGAACUUUGGUUUGCAGCCCAAAGAUGGGAUCAAUGCAUGUUAUAAUCUUGGCUUCAAAUUCAGUUGAUUAGAAGUAAGGGAACAGAAGCAUAGUUUUGUCGCAAACAAGAUGAAAAGGACCAAAAUUGUUGAUUUUAUGCAAAAUAAAGAGCUUGUUUUGGAAAGAAUUAAAGUUAUAAUGCAUUAGGUUUCAUAUUAGAAUAUCUGAUUAUGUACAGAAAUUCAAUGGCUAUCUUUGUUUGAAAAAUGUCAUGAAAUUGGAAUGAUGUAAACAGUUUUUAUGCCCCACCUACGAUAGUAGAGGGGCAUUAUGUUUUCUGGUCUGUGUGUCCGUUCGUCUGUCUGUCUGUCUGUCUGUCUGUCUGUCUGUCCUUUCGUCCAUCUGUCUGUUUGUUCGUUCGUCCGUCUGUCCCACUUCAGGUUAAAGUUUUUGGUCAAGGUAGUUUUUAAUGAAGCCGAAGUCCAAUCAACUUGAAACUUAGUGCACAUGUUCCUUUUGAUAUGAUCUUUCUAAUUUUAGACUUUUGACCCCAAUUUCACGGUCCACUGAACAUAGAAAAUGAAAGUGUGAGUUUCAGGUUAUAGUUUUUGGUCAAGGUAGUUUUCGAUGAUGUUGAAGUCUAAUCAACAUGAUCAACUUGAAACUUAGUACACAUGUUCCCUAUGGUAUGAUCUUUCUAAUUGUAAUGCCACAUUAGAUUUUUUAUCCAAUUUCAUGGUCCAUUUAACAUGGAAAAUUAUAGUGCGAGUGGGGCAUCCGUGUACUUUGGACACAUUCUUGUUAUGCUAUGGUAAAAGAUAACCUUUAUUAAAAUUUGUAAAAGAAGACAUAUUUUAACUGUUUUGAAUACUACAAUCAACAAAUCCAAAUCAUCGUUUCACAUAAAAAAAUAUCAAAACUAAUACAUAAUUUUUAUGUACAUAAUCAGUAUCAUUAUAUAGCUGUAAAUAUGAUGUAUUCUCUGGUGUAGUCUUAUUUCUAAAAAAAAAAGAUGUCAUAAUGUCA